AUCACAAACUCUUUUUGGGUUCUCAGUACGCGUUUCACGCCAUCUUGAAUGUGCAGCCACAGUUUUUUCUUAAAUAAAGAAAAACUGUCUUUUUAUUGGUGGCGUCUGGGAUAUGAACGUUUCUCGAAGUAAACCCUCACAGGCGACCAGAAAAAGACGUGCGGAAGCAGACACCGGCUUGGAGACGAAGAAGCAGAGAGAUUGAAAAAAAAGUGGUAGAGGAAUGCUGAAAAAGCUGAAGUCGAGGCGCAGCCAAACGGAGAAGUGGCCUGUAGUCACGGAGGAUGAACUCCGGGCACUGGGCAAAGACAUUUCCCCGGACCAUGUACUGGGUCUUCGGACUGUCACUAAAGACUAUCUUUGCAGACUCGAGGACAACAUCUACAGCAUUGACUUUACCCGUUUUAAAAUCAGAGAUCUUGACACAGGAACAGUGCUGUUUGAGAUUGCCAAACCUCCGAACAGUGGUUCCGUGGACAAUGAAGACGACGGUGGGGAUUUGGACGUUGCCGCAGGACGUUUUGUCAGAUACCAGUUCACACCAGCGUUUCUGAAGUUACGCACGGUUGGUGCAACUGUUGAGUUCACAGUUGGGGACCGACCCAUAAACAGCUUUCGAAUGAUUGAGAGGCAUUACUUUCAGGGUCGCCUUCUCAAGAAUUUCGAUUUUGACUUUGGCUUCUGCAUACCAAACAGCCGGAACACAUGCGAACACAUUUAUGAGUUUCCACAGCUUCCAGACGACCUCAUUCGCCAAAUGGUGGAGCACCCGUACGAGACCAGAUCAGACAGUUUCUACUUUGUGGACAAUAAACUCAUCAUGCACAACAAAGCUGAUUAUGCCUAUAAUGGAGGGCUCUGAGAGUAGAAUCGCUGCUUUUUUUUCUAGAGGAUAGACUUCUGGAUAUCAUCUACCCACAGCUUAUUUUUGGGGGCCUUUUUCAACCAUUCAUGACAGACAUGCUCGAUGUUUAAAAGGCCAAUUCUGCCUUCAACUGUAACUGAGGAUUCCUCAAACCGAACCACAAAGAGUUCUAGUUUCAAAAAUGUGUUUACUCCAAUGUUUCUUUCAUUAUAUCUGAUUGUCUUGAUUUUUGUCUGUUGUUCCAGCAUUACUGGCAACAUUUUUAUGGUUUUGGUCUAAUAUUGUCUCUGCUGGAAGGGUCACAGAAUUCUAAAAGCUCCACCUUUAGACUGGGUCAGUUUGACUUUAUUGAAAUGAAGAUUUUUAUGUGAUAGAAGCAUUUUUUGCAAUUGACAAAUGGGUUUCCUGUACAGGAAAGCAAGCUCUAGUAGAUGUCCUUCAGUAUUGUUAGGAGCAGAUGAAGAUGUAGCAUGAGUAAGUCUUACUUAAGGUAGAUUUUUGUUUUUCUGUAUUUGUCAGGAGGAGGGAUAAGUUUAUAAAGUUUUGUCUUGUUCACAUUAUAAGUAGUAUUCAGUGGUGUUCUUAUGUUGUCAAAUAAGGUUCUCAUUUUUAGGGUUGCAGACCUUUUCCUUUAGUUCAAUUCCAUCAUUUUGAUGGUUGUAAAAUCAUGACUUUCUGAAUCAAAAGGAAUAUUUUGUCUUUCUACAUCUGCAACAUAUCUGUUGUUGCGUUUGUCCGCUUCACUGUGGUUAGAGUUUUGUGAUUGUCUUAAGGCCUGGUUUAAGAUUGUACAUGUGAUAGGAGUGUGAUUGUGUUUGGCUGCUGGGGUCUCUGGGUUUAGUGGUUACAGAUGAAAAGCCUCUGCAGCAAUUCACAACACAGUGGUGUGAAAAAAUUCAUCUCGUUAGAUUUUAUCUGUACAUGUAAAUCUUUUUUUUUUUUUAAUUAAUUCACAGAAAACUUCCACAGGUUGUUAAGAUGCUGCAGCUUUUAGACCAUUAAAAAAGCUCAAACUUCAAAGUAAUGCAACUUUUUUAAAUAAUAGGAUAAGAUGUCUUGCUUAGAUUAAACUUCAGACAUUGUAGGAAAGGCACUUUCAUGUUUAAACUGUAUACUCCUUUAGAGGAGAUAACAAAAAUGGAAUUCUAUCUUUGAUGGAAAAUUUUGGAUCUUGUAAGCAGGCGGCAUUUCCAAACGUCUGUAUUUGUCAAGUGAAAAUAGCUUUUUAACUCAGACAUUAUUUACAUCUGUUCAUUAACACUAUUUCAUGACUUCAAUGUGCCUUAAUUCAUAGUACUAGGUCUUUUUUUUUUUUUUUUUGGUAAAGUAAAGAGAGCUAGCUUACAGGUAGACCAGCACUGAGCAGAGCAAAAGUUCACCUGUCAUAUCUCAGUAUCCAUGCUAUACUGUUUUGUAUGAAGUAGAAUGUUUUCUCUCCUGUCUUGUCAUUUGUAUACAGUGCCCAUUUUCUAAAAAUUACUGCUAUAGUAAAAGAAAGAAAAAGAUCAUAAUUAAGGAAACCAGUAAGCGGGAUCAUGGGAAAUGUAUUCUCUGUGUCACCUUUUUGCACCGUUACACCCAUUGACAGUACUUGGAGAUUCAUGUCAAUGGUUACACCUCUUUUUUUUACCUGUAUACCCAGGCUCACUGAGUGUGAGAACGCUGGGAGUCUACUUUACCAUUCAUCAUGUUGUUUCUGGGUUUUUAAACCCCUUUUUCUUUUGAGCAGCAGAUAAACUGCAAAGGAAGACUGUGAUAUGAAUCUUUUCCUGUAAUCUUUGUAGAUGCAGUCCAGUUUUUAUACUGGCUUAUUUUAAAAGUGACACAUUGGUGUGUUAUCAAGACUGUUGUAAAUAAAUAAGCCUAAGAAAAAA